AUGGCGCAAACAAGCGCCUCCUCUACGGAGCCGCCUCCGUCGUCGACGACCCAUCCCAGUAGCACUAGUUUCUUCCGCAAAAUCUUCGGACGAAACAACGCGGCCCCGGCUCCCGGUCCUGUCGGGCCGCCCCAGCCAAAGGAGCCCGAGCCCGAACCCGAGCCCGACUCCGACGACCCGCAAAACGCUGAGCUGGGACGCCGGAUCUCGAGAAAGGUCGUGCCUGGACUUCCUCGAGUGCAGACCUUCAAACGUCAACAGUCAGAGCGUAGAAAUAAUCUCGCACCAGUGGAGCCUUCACCAGCUGAGAGGCGUGCUCUGUCGGUGGAUAGACGCGUGCAAUCUUCACGUACAGCAUCACAGGCCCAAUCGUUUCCACGAGCUAGCGCUCCGGACCUAUUCGAAAAUGCCUCCUUCGAGGUUCAAUCAGCUAUAUCCGCACCCGUCAGCCCCAUCGAGGAACAUGUAGAAGGAACGCUGCAUCACGUGGUAUCCGAAGUCACGGAGCCUGCGGUGGAAGAAGCUCAUCUUCCCGAGGUCCAGUCGAACUCGGACGCGCAUUCUGUCACAACAUCUCAGUCUCAAUACGAGGCCAUGAUUCAUGACGAGCUUGAGACCACCUGGAUUCUCAACCUCAGUAUGCAUUUCAGGGAUAAGUCCAAGAGAGAAAAGUUCUUUGUAACUUACCGGGAGACGCCUACGCUGUGGCGCCGGGUCACUAUCUCGCUAGACUAUCGUAAUGCGCCGGACAAUUCGCUCGAGAUGGACCUGUUACAUACCAAGUCCCAACGCGAUAAGAGCUCCAAAAUUUACGAAGCAAUCAGGGACAGCCUGCAAGACAUUCAGUUUUACCAAUCCGUCACCAACCUCAAAUUACAGACUACUGAUGGUCGACUUCAUGUCCACGUGGUUGAAGACGUAAAUGAAAUCAUCCAAUAUCCUACCGUCCGCCAAGUGCAACAUCUAGGAUGCCGGAGGAUAAGAGAAAGCGAUAUCGAUUUCGACUCUCAUAUGUCUGGUUUUGUUUACAAAGUGUGCGUUGGAGGCGAGGUGCUUAUAAAGAAGGAAAUCCCGGGUCCCGACACCAUUGACGAGUUUCUUUAUGAAAUCAACGCGUUGAACCGACUCCGAUACUCGAAGAACAUCAUUCGAUUCUACGGGGUGGUUAUUGAUGAUGACGACGAACACGUCAAGGGAUUGCUCAUCAGCUAUGCCGUCCAUGGCGCUCUCAUUGAUGUCAUUUAUGACAAUCGACAAGAAUCAGAGCUUGGCCUUCCCUGGCCGAUUCGUGAGAAGUGGGCGCGCCAAAUCGUGCAAGGCCUAGCGGAUAUCCACGAGGCUGGCUUUGUUCAGGGUGACUUCACUCUCUCGAACAUUGUCAUCGAUUAUGAUGACGACGCCAAAAUCAUUGAUAUCAACAGAAGAGGCUGCCCUGUGGGAUGGGAGCCUCCGGAAGCCACGCCUCUCAUCGAGAGCAACCAGCGCAUUUCAAUGUACAUUGGCGUCAAGUCUGACCUCUACCAGCUCGGCAUGGUCUUGUGGGCGCUGGCCGCACAAGAUGACGAACCCGAAGCUCAGGGACGUCCGCUGAUGCUUGGCGAGGACCACGUCGUUCCCUCGUGGUAUCGGGAGAUUGUGGAUAUCUGUCUUAGUGACGAUCCUCGAUUACGACUACAGGCCUCAUCGCUCAUGGCACUGUUCCCGGAUCCUGUGGACGGCGACGACAUUGCUCCACCGUCCAUUUCGGUGGAUGACGGAUACACAAUGCAAGAAUACUUUGUGGACGGAUACAACGGCCCUGGGAGAGUCCGGACUGUUCAACCUUCGCAGGACUGGUCGUACGUAAACAUGGGCCAUACUUACGCCAACCCGAACGUGGGAUUCUCACAGGACCCUUACUACUACACCAGAGGUCGGUCUCCGCCGAGCCCGCUCCCGAGCCACUACGGGCGCUGUGAGUCUCCCGGUAGGGGUCGUAGCAUGUCCGGGUGGGCUGGCGCGAAGAAUAUCGCACCGUCUUACAGUGACAUUGGAGUCGACGAAAUGGAGGACGAGCCCAAGAGUGCGACGCCGACAACCAGCAAAGAUUCCAUUGCGACGCCGGAACCGUUGGAAGAGACGAACAAGGCGAUGCAUAAGAAACUGGAGAACCUGCAAUUGACGCCGAUGUCUAACGACUUGCCCUUGGACGACGUCGAGGUCGACCAAACCCCAGUGCAGGAGGACACUAAACUUGUGAGCGAGGAGUUUUCCAAGAUCCUGUCCAGACACGAUCUCGAGGAAAAACGCACGUCUGCCGAUCCCAUCGAUACCAGGCCCUUGAUGGCAAGUCCUAUGACAGUCCAGAACGUUGCCAUUGGUGAAGAGGAAACGAAGGCAGAACCUGAAAAGGUGGAGGAGGGUAGCCGAACGACGCCAGAGAAACAAAACACAAACGGGCAAUCAGCGCCCGAAAAGGGGGACACAGGACCCAGUGACCAGAUGGACAGAAUCAAAGUCGCUUUGAGCGAGAAGGAUGGUGCCGCGCAAGUUUCGGAGCACGAACUUGCUGCAGCGGAUGCCCCCGCAUCUCUGCCGGCUGACGGAGCGUGUACGGGAGGCGAGAUCGGCUCAAGUGCGGAGGUGAGGCCGGAUUCUGAGACCGAGGCCAAGCCUGUCGCCGAACCGAAUAUGACGACGCCAUCCGACGCUGCAACUUUGCGAGCAGAAUCAUGCUCCGAUCAGGAACAUCGACUGCCCGAGAUCGAAACCGAGAAAACGGAACCCCUGACGGGCUCAUCCCAGUCAAGUUCUCAGCUGAGUUUUACAGACAAAACUAGCACGCCCAACGCUGAAGCACCGGAGCUCAAGGGUGUUGGGGCAGCUCAUUCAGACUCGGAUGAGCAAAUGUUGCGGGAAAAGAUGUCCCUCGACGAUGAUUUGACAGUGUCAGCAAAGGCCGCCACGAUAUCGACAGACGCUCAUGUAUGA